ACUCGCCAGAUGGUCGCCCUAUGAUGGCGUCACCGGGAAGGUAAAAUAAAGUUGGAACUUAAAUAAUACGUCAUGAAUUUCAAUCUCCAUGGACAUGUGUACAUUCAGGGUCAGUGACUAAUUCAUUUUAACAUAGUUGGCUUCAAAUUGCGAAUUGUGAUACAUUGCGAUAUACCCAUUCUGUAUGUGUUUGGUGGUCUAAGCUAUUUGUCAAAUUGUAAAUACAGAAAUACAUGUAUUGUAACAAGUGGUUAACCAAUAUAUAUAUAUUUUUAAAGCUAGCUUCAUUCAAGCUAACUGAUCAACGGAGGCGUCCAAGGAACAAUAAUCCCAAUGUAUGUACAACAGCCAUUAAAACGUGUGUGUUCCUGUGUAUAGUUUAAUCAUAUAAUCCCCCAUUUGCCAUGCUUUUAAUGCUAGCGGGUUUAAGGCCAGCAUUACUAAAACAUAAGCUAGUAAAUGUUCUGGUGGAGGCAUGUCUAUGCUCGGGAGCCAAGGACACCACCACCAACCCAGGGAAACCACCAAAAUUAUCAAAGAAGAAAUGGAGAAAGAAGUUCAGGAACAAGCCUGCAUCAAAUGAACACCUGCCCUGGGAGGAGAGACUGGCCGACGCUGUCACUCCUCUGUGGCGCCUGAGUUACUAUGAUCAACUCCAGCUGAAACAGAAGCACCAGGAGAGGAUCCUACUACAGCUCUCAGAUCAGCUCUUAUGUGGAGAGUCGACCCAACAUAAGGCCUUGACACAAUGUCCUUCUCCACCCAGGAGUACCAAACUCAGCUUCCCUCUGCUGCCUAUCUUACCGUCACCUGUCAGGGACGGCUACCGCAACAAGUCUACCUUCUCAGUCAACCGUGGCGUGGAUGGCAACCCUAAGACGGUGGGGUUCUACGUGGGAACGGGAAAGGUGGGAAACAUUGUGUGUGUGAACGGGGACCACCUCCUCAACAUGCCCGAGAGACAUAAGCUGGUGGCCAGGUGCUACCAGGACUUCCUCCGCCUUUCAGCCCUGGAGCCCUGUCUGCUGUUCCACGAUGGAGGCCACUGGAGGGAGACCAUUUCCGGAGACCUUCUCCCUUACCUCACCUCGCUCAUCAACUCAUCCCUGACCGCUGGCUACGUCCCUUCCGUCUUCAAGAGAGCGAGAGUUGCACCCCUUCUGAAAAAACCUACACUCGAUCCCUCCUAUGUCAACAACUACAGACCAGUGACUGUGAGGACCAACGCAGCAGGCCACACCAUGGCCAUCAUCUAUUUCCACCCACAGAGGCUCACCCCGGAGGAUAUAGAGGUCCAUAAGUCCUCCCUGGUGGAGUACUUCACCCAGGGGCCUGGUGCCAUCUGCCAACUAGACUCCCUGUACUUCCAGGAGAGCUCCAUGACCCGUUGCAGCCACGAGGAAUCCCCCUACCAGCUGCUGCAUGGCCAGCCACAAAUACACGAGGAGAUUUUGGGGUUCAAGUUCCGCAUCUCGGCAGAUGCCUUCUUCCAGGUGAACCAAGGGGCGGCGGAUUCGCUGUACCGCACAGUGAGAGAGAUGGGCCUCCCGAAUGGAGCUCGAGAGGGAGGAGGAGGGGGCACACUCUUGGAUGUGUGCUGUGGAACGGGGGCCAUCGGUAUCACCAUGUCCCCCAGAGCGGACCGGGUCAUCGGGAUAGAACUCAUCCAGCAGGCAGUGGAAGACGCCAGGCACAACGCAGCCCUCAACCAGAUCCAGAAUUGUGAGUUCCUCCCUGGGAAAGCCGAGGUUGUCCUUCCUGGGCUCAUGGAGGUCCUGGGCUCCACCACCGACUCUGGAGGCCCCCUCACGGCUGUGGUGAACCCAGCCCGCGCUGGCCUGCAUUAUCGUGUGAUCCGGACUCUAAGGAAUCACUCAUCCAUCCGCAGGCUGCUCUAUAUCUCCUGCAAACCCGAAGGAGAGGCCAUGAGGAACUUCAGGGAGCUGUGUUGCAGUCCCGACCCACAUAGGAAGCUGACAGGCGAGGCUUUCAGGCCGACUGUGGCUGUGCCUGUGGAUAUGUUCCCUCACACGCCACACUGCGAACUGCUGCUGGUCUUUGAAAGAUAGUUAAUUACUACCACUACACUUCCAUAUCAAGUUUUUCUAAUUCUUACACUUAGUGAAUGGUGUCCUCUGGAUUGUGUGAUGACUACAGAGAUAAAACAGUCAAAUCAGUGGAAACUCAAUUCCAAAAUCCUCUCAAAAAGGAAAGUGAUUAUUACAUUUUCAAAAAUGCUGAGAGCUUUUCAAUGUCAUGUAGAAUGUUGAAUGAAAUUUGUGUUAUUCAGAGACAGAUGCAAGUCUAAUGGAGGUGUUGUGUACCUAAAUCCUGCAGCAGCAGUGAAGCAAAACAUUUCCUGCCUUUUGUGAAUGGAUCAAAAGUAGGAAAUGAGUGGAGAGCAGGGGAAGUGUGUUUGGGGUUGCUUGCUCACAAAAUGCAAGAAUAGACUACACUAUUCUACACUAUCUUCCUUUAUUCUGUGUUUGAAUGAGGCAUAUGUAUAUGCUGUAUUUCCUGUUACUUCAUGUUACAUGCCUGAACUGAGUAGGCAUAAAGUCUAUAUAUCUACACUAGGUGGUGCUAUGGAGUCCAAUGGUCCAACUAUUAACUAAUACACAUCUUCCAUUAUUGCUGACAUACAAGACAGAAGGUACCCAUAAACUUGAUCAACUAGGGUGGAAUCUACAGUAUUUGAUCAGUUCUCCCUUCUAAAACCCAUAGUUAACAUAUAACAAACUUAGAACAAAAUACAUCAUGGACAUAUUUGACAAGUUUGGGAUCAAUGCAGGAAGUAAGCAAUUUUCAGUCCUGCUUUAAACCAAAUACAACUCACAAAGUUUAGCAUACAUAAAGGCUUCAUAAGCACUACAUAAAUGCUUCACAAAUCACAAGUGUAUUGCAUAUUCCAUCAAUGGUGUAUAAACCCUGCAUUAUGUCACAUUUCGCAAUUCACUCUACAGUGGGAAUGACAAUGUCACCUUUUAUAUAUCAUUUAUGACAUAUGCAUAUAGAUAGCAGCUGUUAAUUGGUCAGUUCUGUGGACUCCUGGGAGGCGUAGGUCUAUGACCAAGGUGGAAUUAAAAUAAAAUCACAUGUAUUUAAGAUGCUUUAAAAGUUGAAUAUACAUUCACAACUUUACAAAUUGGUUUGAAGUACUAAAAGGACAAAACAAGACACUUGAGGCAAGAAGCAUUUCAAUAUAGCUUUUUCUCAUUUUCUAUGACUUACAAUCAGCUCUGUCCAGGACAUAGCUUAGAUGAAAAGGCCUGCGAAAAUGUUGGCCUCAAGAUUUAUUUUCAAAGGCACAAGUAGGUAUGUCAGAAUUCAAGUAAAUAGGAGCACUAGCAAAACUGGGAAGAAGUGGAAUAAUAGAAGUAUGGAGAACAACAGUACUGUUCUUGCUGACAGAAGCACACUAAUCACCCUAUAUGUAGCCCAUUGUGAGGAAUGAUAAUUGUUCCACUGACAAGCUAUUGUGAAAGAACAACUAUGUUUUUACAACAAAGGAAAAAAUGGUUGCUCUAGUACAUUUUUGUGGUUUAGAAGCAAAUUUCUUACAAUUCUACGCAGGAUUUUGUAACAUGACUCAUGGCAUAUUUUGGGUAGGCUAUUUCAUGAUGAUAAUAAUAUUGUAAUUAACAUGAACCAUCAAGUAUAUUAGUUAAACAUAUUCUUCAGAAAGAGAUGCGCUCAAUAGAUGCUGACAGAGUCACACAUUAGAUUACUUCCCAAGAAAAGUCGAUUUUUGCUUUGCUUUGAGUCCUCGAACCAAAUAUAUCCCCAUAUGCAUCAGAAUCACGCCUUUCUCAUGAAAGUUGCUGCUUGUUUAUAGCCUAAAGCAUUACAGAGUUAAGCAAUGUUUUUACAACGCUUAUAAAAAGGGAUAUCUUUUUUCCCCCUUCAAAAUCUUAAGCUUAAAAGGUAUGCUUUUUGCCAUUUUCAUUAACAACGGGUAUGGCAUACCCCCAUAUACCCCUUCAAUUUGAGCCCUGGUUGAAGGUACUGCUUCACUGUACUUCACUGCCACUGUAGUCCACUGACUUAUUGCACGUAAUGUGCAAAUAAUGUUUCAAAUACAGAGUAGGAGAAACCGCCUGUUUGGGCUAGAGAGGUUAUGUUGUUCAUGUGUCGUAAUGUGUUGCAACAAGUGCUCCUUGGCAUGCCUGACAACAGUGUGUUUUUUUUCUCCCCGGAAGUGGUCAGAGGGAUGACGUCAUGCCAGACCUAGACCACCAGAGCUGCUGACCAGUACAUAUCUCCCUAAGCCAGGAGAUAUGUAGCCUGGUCUCAGAUCUGUUCGUGCUGUCUUGUGACAGUGACCAUAGGAGUUGGCAAAACAGCAUAUGAGAUGGCAAGACAGCACAAACUGAUCUGGGACCAGGCUAGUAGAACAGUGACAGGUUGGCGAGACAGAUGACCACAUUGUCAAACAUAGUUGAGAAAGAGAGAACUGGAUUCCAGAGGGUCAAGAUGAGCAUGCAUGUUUUGUUUAUCUGUAUGGCUUAGGUGCCAGUCAGUGCCGCUUAUAUGACUUGUUUUACAAGGGGAGUUACCUGGUUGUUUGCUAAUCUAGAUUUGUGUCAAACUUGAAUCAGAUUUCAGAGUGAUAACAUUUCUAGAAUGUUCUCUGAUAUAUUGAUUAGUCAACAUCACAUCAGGGCUGUAAUCAUAAAGCGUCUUAGGGUAGGAGUGCUAAUCUAGGAUCAGUUGAGCCUUUUAGGUUACAGUGAAUGUACUGGGGGACCUUGGGCUGUAUCAAGUGUCUGAGUAAGAGCACUGAUCUAGGAUCAGGUCCCCCCUUGUGGUCUGAUUGUGUUCCGAUCUGGCUGACCACUUCAGGAGGACAGUGCAAGGUUGGCAAUCAGGCUACCGAAGGCAAUCGGGCUACCGAAAGCGCAUACAGUGGGCGACGUCAGCACCCCUCCUACAAGUCUCCAGAAAACGUGUGUUUUGGGACCGAGAGGCACUUUUUGUUUGCUGGCCUCAUACAGCAGUUAGCUACUGCCAUCAGUUGUUGUGUUUGUAUCAUAUUUGACCUAUUCCACCGUUUGUAUAAUGCAAACUGGCAUUUGAAUACAGUGCGGGAAUAGGGAAUCCGGACACACUGUGGACACGGUAGACACAUUUAAAUGUAGGUGUAUGUAGAUACAUGACGGGUUUGGAACUCCAUGAUCAGAAAUCUAUCAUCAGAGUACUGAAGCUGUAUGAACUGUCAAGUCUAGACACGGCCUUAGAUGUUUCAUAUGGCCCCAAAUCCUAGACUAGCAAUCUUACUGACAUGCUGUGAUUAGAGGACAAUUAUGAGCCACUGUUUGAUAACGUACUUUCCACAGUGCAGGCACACCUAUACCUGUUAACCUUCCAAAGAUUCAGUGUUUGAGCAAGUGAACAUGGUUUAAAAUCAACCAGACAAUAUCAGGUUAAAUUCCAACCAAUUGUGUAAAUUAUAUGUAUGAUGUAUGUGCUGUGUUUAUCCUACUUGUUCAAUACAGAAAUAGUUUAUUAUCCAACCAUAUACUGUACUUUAUAGGAUAUUUAAGCCUAUCUUGAAGGCCUUAUUCUGACAGUCCAAACUGACCAUUAAAAAGGUAUGUUUACUUUAUGAAAUUAGAGAAUGCAUGUUUCUUUCUGCCUACAAAGAGUUGUGACCUGUAAGAUUGUUUGGCUCAUGGCAAUUUUGAAGACUUGUUGCAACAGGUAAAAUAUGGGGCAUGAUUAUAAUUGUGUGUUUGAUCCUUCCAAGGAUCAAGUUUUGGCAAGUUGAAAAUAUUAGGUUGAAGUUCAACCAGCAGGGAAAAUUCAUUUAUGAAGGUUGUGCUCUGUAACACAGAACCAUGUACUUUAUAAUUACUUAAGUACUUUUCAGCAGCGAUAUGAGAUUUGUAUCUGCACCAAUGAAACUGUAUAAGGUUGGUUGACUCAUGCCAUGAGCCUCGUAAUUAGAGACAGGGGUCGGUAACUUCAGGGUUGCCGGUUUCAAUCCUGGAGCUGACUGGGGGGAAGUCCCCAAAGAAUGAGACGGCAGCCGGAGGGUUCCGAAUUUCAACAUCCCAUAACGCCGUUGUUCCUUAGAGCAAGGCACUUUACCCCUAAUUGCUCCAGCAGCCCUUUAAUUAUGCUGCUCACGUUUGUGUUUUCUGUCAGGUUGGGUACUGUGGCCGCAAAACAUAAUUUAUUGGUCCACUUACAUGGACAUAAUGUAAGUAUUCUAGCAUUGCAGUUCAGUUAAAGGCUUGUCAUGUUUCAACAGGUAGCCUAAAAUAUGGUGUAUUUGUUCCUUCCAAGGACCCGGUUUUGGCAUAUGAAAAUACUAGGUCAAAGUUCAACCAGGCAGGAAACUCCAUGUACGACAAUUGUGCUCUACAACGACAAUUGUGCUCUACUUGUGCAAUAUGGAAAAUAUAUUUGAUGCUUCCGUAUACAUUAUUGUUGUACUUUUAAAGCAAUUAAAUAAGAUACGUAUAUGUAGUGCAGUGCAGUCUAAACUAUAUAAGGUUGGUUGACUCAUUGCUGUAUUGAUGUCAUGUUUUAACAGGUAAAAUAUGGUGUGUUAUUAUGGUGUGUUUGCUUGAUACUGAACACCUGUUGAAAUAUAAGUCAUUUCAUUCAUAAUUACUCUAUUAUAUAAACAUGAGUCAAGGCUACAGGAUGAGCAAUAUUGUUAUAGAAAAUAGUCUAUUGAGGAUUCUAUUGAUUCAAGUGAUUUCAUCAUAGUUUAAAUAUUGUAUUUGUUUAAUAUGUAUGAUAUUAUAUUCAUAGUUAUUAUAAUCAUGUUUUAAGCAGGUUUAGGAUCAGGUCACUCCAUGUCCAUGUAAUCUUAUUCAUUGUGAUGUAAAAAAAAAUAAAAAAUUCAACUGAUCCUAAACCAGCACUUUUACUCUCAUACCUACAGCCCCUGAUUCUAGAUUAGCAAUCCUACUCAGAAACCCCUUAUGAAUACAGUCCCUGACAUGUGCAGUGUUCAGAGGACAAAUACGGGCCACUCUUUGAUGAUUACAUUUGCCUUCCACUGUGAAGCUUUCUAUGCUAAAAGGUGUACACCUAUGCCUGUUAACCUUCCAAGGAUCCAGUGUUUAGUCAAGUGAACAUGACUAAAAACCAACCAGAAAAUAUCAGGUUAUCCAACCAAGAGUGUAAAUUCCAUGUGCAGUUGAAGUUGGAAGUUUACAUGCACUUAGGUUGGAGUCAAUUAAACUUGUUUUUCAACCAGUCCACAAAUUUCUUGUUAACAACCUAUAGUUUUGGCAAGUCGGUUAGGACAUCUACUUUGUGCAUGACACAAGUAAUUUUCCCAACAAUUGUUUACAGACAGA